AUGCAGACAGAUGAAAAAAAAGUCGCUUUUGUUACUGGUUCAACAGAUGGAAUUGGUUUAUUUACUGCCACCAAACUCGCCCGAGAUGGGUAUAAAGUCAUUAUCCAUGGAAGAACUCAAGAAAAAGUAGAUAAAGCAAUGAACAUCAUUCAAUCACAAGUCCCUGAGGCUGACUUAGAUUUUGUGGUGUGUGACUUACAAUCAAUUAAAAACACAAAAAUGAUGUGUGAUUUACUUUUAUCAAAAUAUCAGAAAUUAGAUCUUUUAUUGAAUAACGCUGGAGUAUUUAUACUAGAACGUCAAGAAAGUGUUGACGGACACGAAAUGACUUUAGCGGUUAAUGUUUUAGCUCCUUUCAUUAUUACUUGUAAACUUCUCCCUUUAAUUAGAAAAACACUAAAUUCAAGAAUUAUUGAAGUAGGAAGUAUUUCUCAACCAUCUUAUAUGGAUUUAGAUUUAAUAGAACACAAAACAAAUUAUGAUGGGUAUAGGGCUUAUGACUAUUCUAAGCUAAGUGUUAUUGCUUUUACUUUUGAAUUAACAGAACGAUACCCAGAUCUUUGGAUUAAUACUUUAGAUCCAGGAACAGUAAAUACUAAAAUGUUAAUUCUUAGCUGGGGAAAAUGUGGCAUUGAAGUAGGAGAAGCUGAUGAUGAGUAUUGGUUAGCAACAAACGAAGAUCUUCAAAAGGUUAGAGGAAAGUAUUUUGUCAAUAAAGUUGAGGAGAAGGCUGAAAAGCAAGCUUAUGAUUUAGAUUUCAGAAAGAAAUUGUUUUUAAAACUUGAAGAAAUAACAGGAAUUAAAUAUCCAUUAAACUAA